AUGCACCAUUACUCGAGCCGAAUUGAAAGGAGCUGCAGAAGGAUUGGAAAUGGCCUGGCAGCUUGGUCAUAG